UUUCAUGUAAGUAAAACAUUUUCAUAUGUUGUAUAUUCGUAUCUUGGAAAAUUCUAUUCCACUUUUUAAAACGAAUGUCCAGUUUAUCGCGAUUAAAUGCAAUACAUUUUUCAAAACAUAGUCUGCUCCGAAAAUAAUGUAAAAACAAGUUAAAUUGUGGUGUGCGUUUUCCUAUUUUGCAACUAUAUAUGUAAUAUCUUGCAACCAAAGAUUAUAGUUUUUUGCCUGUGUUUGUAAUUAAGUCAGAUAUUGUUUUCAAGUUAAUUUCUAUACUAAUAUUAUUUUCGUUGAAAUAUUCUAUUAAAUCCCUCCAAAAAAUGUUGCGUGUAAGAACAUUGCUAAAAAGAGGUGUUCAAUAGACUCAAUAUCCAUUGCACAAAAACACAAAGACUCGAGGAAGAAAGGUUUUGUUGUAGGAGACUUUUGUAAUCGAAUUUGCUGUUAAUUAAGAAGCAUACGCCAAAACUAUUAUUCGUAUUUCCACUGAAAAAAGCCCGUCCAUCCCAAUCUGAUGUCCAUUUAAGAUAUCGCUUUGUGUUUAAAUGCGUUUCUUGUAAAAGACAUGUAUCAUACUUUUGCCAAUUAAAAACUUGCUUUCUUUUCAUAUAAUUUCCCAAAUAUUUUGCAUUAAAAGUACAAAUUUUCAUACUCAUUUCAAUUCAAUAUGAAGCUUACAUUCAAAAACAGUAGAUGAUCUUAUAUAAACAAGAGGGCCAUGAUGGCCCUAGAUCGCUCACCUGGCCCAUCAAACUCAUCCAAACAAUUACAUAGACAAGCAUUCUGACCAAGUCUCAUGACAGGUGAGUCAAAAAUGUGACCACUACAGUGUUAACAAGGGGCGCGUUCCAUUCUACCAUUCCGGACACGUUCUUCAUGUUCUGUCCAGGAUGUGUGAUUGGAAUGAAAUGGAACACGAAACUGUCCGGGACGUUUGAAUGGAAUGAAACAGAACGCGUAACACAAACAAAAUGGCUGACAGUAAUAUAAACAUUCCUUUGCUUAUUUCCUUGCUGGAAGAUUCUGGCGAAGAAUCCGAUGAUAUGGGUGAAGAAACGAUGACAGUACUGAUGGGAGCAGAAUGUUCACUGCCACUGGAAUUAAAGGCAAAGAUUUUGGACUAUACAGAAUCAGUUGUACCAUUUUAUGACGACGAGAGCUUUCGCAGGAAGUUCAGGAUGUCAAAAGGGACUUUCCAUAUUCUUAGUCAGUACCUAAAGGAUCUUCCCGAGUUCAGUUAUGAUCAUCCAGGAGGUAAAGAGCAUGUGUCAGUUGAAAAACAGCUCCUGAUGACACUGUGGUAUCUAGGAAGUUGUGACACAAUAGAUAAAAUUGGAGAUCGAUUUGGUAUUUCUACGUCAUCCGUUAUUCGCUGCAGAAACAGAGUGUUAGCAGCAGUAAAUAGGCACCUCAAGCAGCGUUUUAUUGUAUGGCCAAAUGCACAAAAGAUUCCUGAAGUUGUGGCAAGUUUGAACAGAGGAAUGUUUUUUCCCGGAAUAAUUGGAGCCUUGCAUGGAUCUCACAUUGAAAUAAAGAAGCCAGCAGCACAUGGAAAUUCAUAUAUCAACAGAAAAGGAUUUGCUUCCCUGCAGGUACAAGCUGUUUGCACUGAUAACAUGAUGUUUACUCACAUCUUUACUGGCUAUCCCGGCAGCUGUCAUGAUGCCAGGAUCUUGAGAAACUCUGAUUUGUGGCAAAUUGGUCAAAUUUUGUGUGGAGAAAAUCACAUCAUUGCAGAUGCUGCUUACCCCAUCCGUAAAUGGAUCUUAACCCCAUACAGAGACAACGGACACUUAAAUGCUAGUCAAAGGAAGUUUAACAAAUACCUGUCUUCAUGUCGUGUUGUUAUAGAACGUGCUUUUGCCUUACUUAAAGGCAGAUUCAGGCGUAUGAAGUACAUUGAUACAUGUGUGAGGACUGCAGUUAGUAUUAUAAUGUGCAGUUGCAUUUUCCAUAAUAUAUGCAUUGUAAACCACGAUGCUAUGAAUGACUUUUUAGAAGAUGCCAACAUAUCAAAUCCUGUUUUAAAUCCCAUUUGUUUACAGGAUAAUGCUGAAGGAGUUCGCAAAGGGGACACUAUAGCUGCUCACCUGAUUUAA